AUGUCCUGUCUUCUCGCAAUUCUUUUAUACACGGGCCACAAGUUGCCGCAAAAGGACCGUUUUGUCAUCACCACCUCAGAGUAUAACCAUCCUUCUUACUACAACUUCCAAGUUAAUCAUGAGCAACCGUUUCCUGUGCCUGACUGGAACUCUGGUAUUUACAGUACUUUGGUCAAUAUUGAAGAGCCCGGUACCUAUAUAACAGUAUACUGCUCCAACACGGCAUCAACCAAUGAUCUACGGGGAUUUGUCAGUAAAGGCUUGACCAACCUGCAGGGCCGCAUCGAUAGAGGAUUUAGCAACAAAGAGGGGGCAGAAGAUGAAUGCUUCUAG